AGUUCGAUGUGACGAAAAAGGGAGGAAUGAGAAUUACAGCGCGACCUCGGUUUUGGCCUGUCUCGACGAGGAACGAUUACGGAACAUUCUGGGUUGGGAGCUCGGUAGAACGGCAUUGCCAUGAUUAUUUCCUCCCCAAAAAUCUGCUCGGCGCAGACGUUGCAUUGAUUCUGGACCGCUCCAUUUCGCUGCAAUCGUGUUCUUUCUCGUGAAGGAAAAUGGGUGAUGCACUUGGGAUAUUCUCUUGGGGGUUCAGGAGGACGGAGGUUUUCAGCACAACACAAACUCAAGCGGGCAUGGACUUGAGGAUCUCUACAGGCAGCUCUAUCUCGAAUUGUCGAGGCCUCCGAGGUCCUGCUCCAGCGCCAACAGUGGCAGUCGAGAUCCGACUCCGAUCAGCAACAACGCCUUUUCGCGCGCCCAUUAGUCAAGCAAUGCCAUACCCUCAGGCAACGUCAGCUCCAAUCCGUCCGCCAUGCCCUGCGACCGAAGUCCAAUCCCUCCGUCCUACCAUGUCCGGAAUGGGCUCCUGUGUCCAGACGGUUAUUGCCUUGCAUGAAGACGAGAGGCGUCAAGGUACAACGACCGUGGGCCCUCUGAUAUUGCAUCAUGACAAAUGUGGUAGGGUCGUAGAGAUUUGUAGUAGCCAACUGGGACUGCUUGAUCCUUGUGCUAGUCGUCGUGAAGCAAUGAUAUUGGGCGCUAAAUCUCGUUUUCGAAGCCUUUCGCUAACCGCCAAACAGGUAUCCCAAACGCUAUCCAUAAUAUCUUGUUACUACACCGAACAAUCGAAGACAUGCAGUCUAGAAGAGAGUUCACGAACCCCGCACACAUCUCGUGUUUGCCGUGGAGGUGACCCCUCUGAACUGGUGAUAUUUCUUGGGAUCAUCAGGCAUUUGGGCAUUAAGCGAGGAUGAGGCGAACGGGGAUAAAGGAGCCAGCAUUUGUUCUGUUUGGACACAUACUCCACAGAGGUACUGUAUUCCUGAAUUAAAGGGGUUUAGGCCCUCCCCUGUCACUUACCAUUCUGGUCUUCGGUACCUGAAACCGCCGCUUCGAGGUUUCGACCGCAAAUCCACCGUCUUGGCAGCAUGAACACACACGCCUUUCUCGGAAAUUCCUGUCGUUUAGCCAUUGAAUGUAACCUCAUUUGACCAGCCUACCUUCUCGCUACGCAGCCAGCUUGCCAUCAAC